CAAAUUUAGAUCAAUUUAUACAAAUUCCAUUACCAUCAAAUCGAACAAACGAUUAUUUUUUAUUUGAAACAAUAUUAUUUUCUGUUGGUUUUAAUUAUACAACAGGUGCAAUUGUUUUUCUUCAAGAUGAUAACGAAAAAACUUUGUCAAAUAUAAAUAAUACUUUAGGUAGUAUUCAAUAUAAAACAUAUUCAAAUGAUGAUUUUGAUCGUUUUAAUUUACAAUUUAAUCCAAAUUGUGGACCACCAUGUGGUGAUUUUGCUAAACCAGGUUUAACAGAUUCUGAAAGUCAAACAUUAUUUCCACAUGUUAUUUCAAUGUGGAGAGAUAAUGUGAAUAAAACACUUCUUAUUGAAUUAACAUUUCCAAAUGAUAUUAUUGAAAAUUAUGGUGGAAGUAAAACAUUAUGGUUAAAUUAUACAUUUCCAUUAGAUUCUCCACCAGCAAUUUUAAUUCAAUUAGAAUGGUUUAAUAAAACAGCAACUCGUCUGCCAGAAUCAAUUUGGAUUGAAUUUAAUCCAAUCUUACCUAUUACUUCAUAUACAUGUAAUCAAUGGAAAAUUGAUGUACUUGGCUAUGGUGUUGAUCCGUCAAAAAUAGUUAAUUAUGGUUCAAGACGAUUACAUGCUAUUGGGCAUGGUGGUGUACGUUUUUAUGAUCAAAUAAGUACAAGUCCAUUAUUUGCACUUUAUUCAUUUGAUGCGCCAUUACUUUCAAUUGGUUCUUCAGAAUAUUUAUUAAAUUUUGAUAAUUCAAUAGCUGAUUGUCAAGGAAUAAAUAAUAAUGGUUUAUUUAUAAAUCUUCAUAAUAAUCUUUGGAAUACAGCAUUUCCGAUAUAUUAUGAACAAGAUGCAAUAUUUAGAUUUAAAAUUGAAUUUUUAACAGAUUGGAUGCAAAUUAUUGAUAGAAAAUAA